UUUCCCCAAAAUGUGGCACCACAGGUCACCACACCACUCUUUAUAUUGAAUGCAGCCUAUGAUUCUUAUCAGGUAAAGAACAUUUUGGCACCUGGUAUUGCUGAUCCCCAUGGGACUUGGCAUGACUGCAAGCUUGAUAUAACAAAGUGUUCAGACACUCAACUUCAAGCCAUACAAGGUUUUAGGAAGGAGUUUCUAAAUGCAAUUAAAGGAGUAGAGGGCUCUCCCACAAAGGGAUUGUUCAUAAAUUCUUGUUAUUCCCAUUGCCAAUCAGGAAUGCAGGAGACUUGGUUGAGGGAAGACUCCCCUGUUCUUGAUAAUAUGAGCAUUUCCAAGGCAGUGGGAGAUUGGUAUUUUGACAGGGGCACCGUCCAAAAGAUUGAACAAUGUGAAUAUCCUUGCGACAAGUCUUGCCACAACCGUGUUUUCACCGAUUAAUAUUAAUGUUCAUCUGCAGCUGCAGUAUAUAGUCGAAACUUCCUAUAUACUGGUUUGGUUUUAUUAGUGACCUAUCAUCAUCACCACAGAUCUGCGAAUCAAGUCAGUUAUUCAAUUUGUUAUUACUAGAAUAAGUAGAGACCACAAUUCUAAACUCAAUUAAGGAUUGGUGGUCCGGAUCAUUUUUUUUUUUGUUUUAAAUUCCAGCCUUACUUUCUUGCAUGGCUGUUAAGAACUUUUUUGGGUCCUUUUAAACUAAGUACCUUGGGGAUUUAUGUACAGAUACUUAUCAAUGUAUACGGGGCUGUAAAUUGUAUUUUUUUUUUGUUUGAAUAAAUAAAAAAUUUAGAUACAUAAUAUAUAUUUGUCAAUAUUGCCAUUGCAUAAUGUAAAGGCACAAGGCUUACCUGAAAGAUUG